CUUCCCAUUCAUUGCGUUUUUAGCUUCUUUCUAAAACCUUUUCUUUCUUUCUCUUUCUUUCUCUGCUUAACUCAAUAAUCGAUUUUCUUACAAACGUGCUAUUGAUUCUCUGCUUUUCAUUCUCUUCAGCUCUUCAAAAUCUUCUUGUUGUUGUUGAUAGUAUUGUGAAGUGAACUGUGGUUUUGAAGUUGGUUAGCGAAAUGUCUCCGACGGCUGUGGUUACGGAGGACGAAGGGCGGCGCAAACUGUCGUCGACGAUGGAACGGAAUUACUUGGGAUUGUCUGAUUGUUCAUCGGUGGACAGUUGUGAUUCAACUCUCCCAAGUUUGUGUGAUGAGAAAAAAGUGAACUUGAAUUUGAAGGCUACUGAGUUGAGGUUGGGUCUUCCUGGAUCUCAAUCACCCGAGAGGGAAAUGGAUUCGGAUUUUUACUUAACAAAGCUUGAUGAGAAACCAUUGUUCCCUUUACUUCCUGCAAAAGAUGGUUUGCAGAAGAAUGUGGUUUCGGGGAAUAAGAGAGGAUUUGCUGAUACCGUUGAUGGGUUUUCUCAGGGUAAGUUUAAUGGUAAUACGGGGAUUAACGUGAUGCUAUCGCCUAGACCUGCUGGAGCUCAGGCGAGCACAGUGAAAGAAAUGCCGAGUAAGGUUUUGCAGGAAAGGCCUUGUGCAGCUAGAGGAACUGCUGGUCAUAAUCAUGCAGGUGCUGCUUCUGUCGCUGGUUGUGCACCGGCAUCAAAGGCACAAGUUGUUGGUUGGCCUCCUAUAAGAUCAUUUAGAAAAAACUCAAUGGCCACCGCUUCCAAGAACAACAAUGAUGAAGUGGAUGGAAAACCAGGUCCCGCUGCACUCUUUGUGAAGGUCAGCAUGGAUGGUGCUCCCUAUCUUAGGAAGGUCGAUCUAAGAACUUAUGCAACAUAUCAGCAACUAUCUUCUGCCCUUGAGAAGAUGUUCAGCUGUUUUACCCUAGGCCAGUGUGGUUCCCAUGGUGCUCCAGGAAAAGAAAUGAUGAGUGAGAGCAAGCUGAGGGACCUUUUGCAUGGUUCAGAAUAUGUUCUCACUUAUGAAGAUAAAGAUGGAGACUGGAUGCUUGUAGGGGACGUACCAUGGGAGAUGUUCAUUGAUACUUGCAGAAGGCUGAAAAUCAUGAAGGGUUCUGACGCCAUUGGGUUAGCUCCCAGGGCCAUGGAGAAGUCCAAAAGCAGGAGUUAGAGGGUGUCCGGAACUGAUGACUGCCUUUGUCCAACCAAGUUUUAAUGCUGGAUCCAAGGACUGUAAAAAGUAAAGGAUUAUGACCAACUCCCUGGCAUUGGUAGUUAAACAGAUUUCCGGUGUCAUUUAUUGUUACGUCCCUAAAAAGUUUGUUAUAUUUGUUAGCACUAUAAUAUCUUGUGAAGUUACCUUCUAAUAUUAGUUUUUGUGUAGUCUGUAAUCACUAUAGGAAAACCUGUUUGUUUGGAUGAAUUGAAUCUCUCUUAUGGUUCUAACAUAUUUCGUGUUUUCCCAAUCUUUCUUUCCUCUUAAUUGUGAACAUUGAACAACAUUGGUUCAUCAUGUCCACUUUUUGAA